AUGAGAAAACCAACGACUGCAGUCGCGCUCGCUCUCAGCGGCUACGCCUACGCGCUAAACGAAGCGCCCAUGAUCACCGCUGCAGCACAGCUAUUCCCCCGCGACACAGACCCCGGCUUCGUGGGAUUCAUCUCUCAGAACGGCGAAUUCUCCAACCCCCGCUCCUGCGAAUACUCAGAAACAGUAUCCACCUCGGGCUCCUACUUCCAAUGCUGUCCGACUGCUUCAGGCAGCGCCUGCAACUUCUACACCACCUGCAGCGACAACACGCUCUACGCGCCCGGUAGCGUCAGUGUGGACUGCUAUCAGAACACUGGGUUGCAGUGUAAUACAGGUAUUGUGUUGCAGACGGCGGGUCAGGAAGGGGGAGGAGCGAGUUAUCUGGCGUGUUGGCAGACGAGUUUGGGGAGUAGCGCGUUUACGUUUGUGCAGACUACGGGGGCCAGUGGUGGGGGUGGGGGAGGGAGUGGUGCUGCCUCUACUGGUUCGGGAUCGGGUUCAGGCUCCUCGGCAGCUGCGACUAUGAGCGCGACCAGUAGCAGUGGCAGUGGCGGCUCGUCUUCCAGCGGGUCUGCGGCGCAAUCGACCGGCGCGACUGGAAGUUCGUCGGCAAGUGCGAGCCAGUCGGCGAAUGCUGCUGCUGAGGUGGUUGCGGAAGGUAUGGGUGCGAAGGUAGUAGGGGCUGCUGUCGCCUUGGUUGGAGGCUGGAUGCUUUGA